UGGCUGCCCGCGCACGGGGGCGUGUCAGGCGGCGGCGGCGGCGGCGGCGUGGGACUUCGGUGGCGCCGGGCCCUCACAGGGUGGCGCGGGGCUAACGCCGGCGCGGGAGCGGCGACUGCAGAGCCGGAGUCAAUCUCAGCCAAGCUCUUGGGAUUCUGUCACCAUGGAGACUGAGAGUGAGCAGAACUCUGGCUCCACCAGUGGGAGCUCCAGCUCUGGGGGAAGCACCCGUCCUCAGAUAUCACAGAUGUCUCUGUAUGAGCGGCAGGCUGUUCAGGCUCUUCAGGCACUCCAGAGACAGCCCAAUGCAGCGCAGUACUUCCAUCAGUUUAUGCUCCAGCAACAGCUUAACAGUGCCCAGCUUCACAGCUUGGCUGCUGUCCAGCAGGCUACUAUUGCAGCUAGUAGACAGGCCAGCUCACCAAACACCAGCACCCCACAACAGACUACCACCACCCAAGCCUCUAUCAACCUAGCCACCACAUCAGCUGCUCAGCUGAUCAGUCGUUCACAGAGCGUGAGUUCUCCCACUGCCACAACUCUGACGCAGUCUGUGCUCCUUGGGAACACCACUUCACCACCUCUCAACCAGUCGCAGGCACAGAUGUAUCUCCGGCCGCAGCUGGGAAACCUGUUGCAGGUAAACCGGACCUUGGGCCGCAAUGUCCCUCUUGCUUCCCAACUCAUCCUGAUGCCUAAUGGGGCCGUGGCUGCUGUCCAGCAGGAGGUACCACCUACCCAGUCUCCUGGGGUCCAUGCAGACACAGACCAGGUUCAAAACUUGGCUGUGAGGAGCCAACAGACCUCAGCCACUAAUGCCCAGCUCCAAGGCUCUGCUCAGAAGGCGGCUCUGCCAGGAAACUCCCAGGCUUCAGGCCUACCACAGGCCACAAGUACAGGCCAGACUGUGGCAGUGGCUCCAGCCUCUUCUGGCAGCAUGGGCCAGUCUCUCAACUUGAGCCAAGGGGCAGCAGGCAGUAAUGGUGUCUCCGGGGGUGUGGUUGCAAGUAGUGGGAGCCAGAAUUCUACAGCAUUGAGCCAGACAGCCUCUGCAGGUGCUGCUGGCAGCUGCCAACGGAAAGGAACAGGAGUGGUUCAGCCAUUACCAGUAGCAGCUGCCCAGGCAGUGACUGUCAGCCAGGGAAGCCAAACAGAGUCAGAGAACGCAGCCACAAAGAAGGGUGAAACGGACAGUGGUGGACAGCAGACUGUGGGCAUGAACCUUACCAGGACAGCUACACCAGCACCCAGCCAGACAUUGAUUAGCUCAGCUACAUAUACACAGAUUCAGCCACACUCACUGAUCCAGCAGCAGCAGCAGAUCCACCUGCAGAAACAGGUGGUAAUCCAGCAGCAGAUUGCUAUUCAUCACCAGCAGCAGUUCCAGCACCGCCAGUCCCAGCUCCUCCACACAGCCACCCACCUCCAGCUGGCCCAGCAACAGCAACAGUCAUCAUCUCUGACCCAGCAGCAGCAAGCUCAACCUCCACAGCAGCAGGCUCCACCUCAAAACCAGCAGCAGACUCAGACCCUUGUGGUGCAACCUAUGUUACAGUCCCAGCCACAGUCUGUUCAGCUCCAGCAUGACAGUCCUAGCCAGCCAGCCACCAAGUCACCUGUUCCAAUUCAGUCAAAGUCUAUGGUCACCAUCAAACCACCUCAGCUUGGGCCUGCCAAAAUGUCAGCAGCACAGCAGCCUCCACCACACAUCCCUGUGCAGGUGGUGGGUACUCGGCAGCAGGGCUCAGGCCAAGCCCAAGCACUGGGUAUAGCUCAGAUUGCUGCAGCAGUACCAACUUCCCGGGGAAUGCCAGCUGUGGUCCAAUCUGUUUCCCAAGCCCAUGCUCCUUCCCCACCUUCUUCAGCUCCAGUAUCCUCGCAGGAAGCUCCUCCUCUCACUACAGGGGUGAAUUUGGCACAAGUUCAAGGUACAACCCACAUGGUGAAGAAUCCUACCUCCUCUCCAGUAGUGGCUCAGAUGCCAACAGCAUUCUACAUGCAGUCUCUCCAGUUGCCAGGCAAGUCUCAGAGCUUAGCAAUAAAGCGCAAGGCAGAGUCAGAGGAGGAGAAGGAGGUAUCAGCCAGUGUCACUGCACUAAUGCCUGCCAGGUCCUCUCCUGUGACAGAUAGCCCCAAAAAUGUGGAGGAAAAUAAUGGCCAUGGAGAUAAAUCUGAUUCUGCUGCUACUGCAACCCCAAAUGCCACAUCAAGUGAAGGAACAUCAGUCACCUCGACUUCUGUUCCCACUGCAAACCUGGCAAUGGUGUCACGUCAGACAGGAGACUCCAAACCUCCACAAGCCAUUGUUAAGCCCCAGAUCCUCACGCACAUAAUAGAGGGCUUUGUCAUCCAGGAAGGAGCAGAGCCCUUUCCGGUGGGUUGUUCUCAGCUGCUAAAAGAAUCUGAGAAACCUUUGCAGGGAGGGGCUCCUUCUGGUCAGGGUGAAAACCUGUCCAGCAAUUCUCCAGGAGGGAACAGUGCUUCUAUGGAGCUUGAUAAGAAAGCAAACUUGCUGAAGUGUGAAUACUGUGGGAAGUAUGCCCCAGCUACCCAGUUCCGUGGCUCCAAAAGGUUUUGUUCCAUGACCUGCGCUAAAAGGUACAAUGUCAGCUGCAGCCAUCAGUUUCGGCUGCAGAGAAAGAAGAUGAAAGAACUGCAGGAAGCUAACUAUGCUCGAGUGCGCCGACGGGGAUCACGGCGCAGCAGCUCUGAAAUUACUCGAACAAAGAUCCAGGGCAAGCGUCACAGGGGCCAGGAGGAUUCAAGUCGAGGUUCUGAUAAUUCUAGCUACGAUGAGGCUUUGUCCCCUACAUCUCCAGGACCUCUGUCAGUAAGAUCUGGCCAUGGAGACAGAGACCUGGCAAACUCUAAUAUGGCCCCACCUACCCCAGAUCUACACGGCAUCAACCCUGUAUUCCUGUCCAGCAAUCCCAGUCGUUGGAGCGUGGAGGAAGUGUAUGAGUUCAUUGCAUCACUGCAAGGAUGCCAGGAGAUUGCCGAAGAGUUUCGGUCACAGGAAAUAGAUGGCCAGGCCCUGUUGCUUUUGAAGGAGGAACACCUCAUGAGUGCUAUGAACAUCAAGCUAGGACCUGCUCUCAAGAUAUGUGCCAAGAUCAAUGUCCUCAAGGAGACCUAACAGCUCUGAAGCUAGCAGUUUCAAUUUUGCUCUGACCCCAGAGCAGCUGCCAGCUUUAAGACAUUCUGUUGGGGCAAGGAAUGGGACAAUCCCAUGUGGUCCUGCAUUCAAGAAUGAAAAGGAAUUUAACUGCCUGAAACUGCCAUGCACAAGCCCAUGUCUUGAUCUUUGAAUGGUGCUAUAACAAGGGAGGAAAAUUCCCACCUGGGGCCUUUGAAACUUCCUUCCUUCUUUGGAUAUGCCUCUCCCGUAUACCACAUUAAGAAGAGAAGGAGACUUCCUUCUGUUUUAGCAACCUUGUAAAGGGGAAGUGCCCUUGCCCCUUUUUGCUGAAGCAGGUUUGCUGGAUCUUGGUUAUACUGGAACCUGAGGUACAGGAAAUUCCUGCCCUGCAUGGUUUUGGGAGCAGCUGUGUGUGGAGUAUUUAAAAAGGUCCAAGUGGCAGAGGUGGGUAUACAAGAACUAAAACAAAAGGGGCUGUUUCUGUUAUAGCCUAGGUAUUUUUUUUGAACUGUGUUUAAUAGCCAUUCCAGCACACAUAUCAAACUCAAAGGCCCAUGGCAUUAGGAGCUACCUUCCCUUAGCUUUACUGUCUCCAGUAAAGAUGCAGAUUGAAGACUAGGUUUUUUGGCAGCUAUUCGCUCCAGAUGCCCAUCUUUGAAGCAGAAGAGGAUUUAUCGUGACAAGGUGAUGGGAAAAUCUGAGUGGGAGGAUGGGUUGUCUUACAUUAGAAAACCCUUCACCACUAGGUGUCAUGAGUGUGAUAAAGUAUAAUUUACAGAUCCAAAGCAGUCUCCAGAAGUGCCAAGGCUCUUCAUAUUAAAAAAAGACAAAAAACAAAACAAAAAAAAAAAACUUGGAAUUUUGGUUCGCAUUUUUUGUUAAGUUUGUUUUCUGUUCUUUUAUCAGUUUGUAUUAUUUUUGUCUGUUUUCAUUAUCCUCAGGAGAGCUUACAAGACAAAGUUUAAGCUGGCAGGAUUGUAUCACCUGCCUUAGACUUUUUUAAAUUGAUGUUGUAAAACAAAUACUUCUCUUCCCCAGUAUAUAUAUAUAUAUAUGUAUAAAAACACUCUAACAACUGAUUUUUGAUUUUUUUUUAAUACAAUUUCUUCCUAAGGGGUACAGUGAUGUUUAGAGGAUAAUCCCCUGCCACUCAGCUCUCACAGGUUUUGUAAAGACCAAGUUCUGAAUUUUUUUAGCAUUUGCCAAAGAUGAAAAUGUGCAGUUCUCUUCCAGAAGCACUUUCACUUUUAAAAAAGCAAAAUGAAAACAAAAAACAAACUCUGGAAGAAAUUAUACAAAGCAUGAAGAGGUAACUGUCCCCUACAGCUGAAUACCUGAAAGCAAGACUUUUUCCUAGGCAGUUUGUCUCAGCUUUUUUAUUUUCAGAAGUUUCACAUGCAUAUUUGAGUAAAACAUUAGACUGUUCUAUGUGGAAGGCACCUACUGUUGCAGGAGUGUUGUGGCAUGGGUGGAAGCUUAAUGGCACAAGAAACCAUCAGAGAUCUCUAUAACAGUCUCUGUAUUGACCCACCUCAUAAGAAGGGGGGGAGAUUCUAAAGUGUAGUAUCAACUUUCCAGUUCUAACUGAAGUGUUGAGUCUGAAUUUAUUCUUGAUAUCUUCAUUCCUAUGAGAGAAGGAUUCUAAGCCUUCUUGAAUCAAAAUAGACCCAAAGGAAGCCACCAAUUCUUGCACCUUGAAAACACUCUUCAGUCCAAUGAAAGUUGAGGGGACAAAAAAGGCAGAGGUGAGCACCUCUAAUGGCAAAGGAGGGCAGCCUUUAAACUAUUUUAUUAGCAGGCUGGGUAUGGCAAAACUUGUUUACUUUGGCUUUUGACAGGGUAGGCAGGUAGUAUUUGCUGCUUUUGAAGCCUAGAUUAACUUCAGUCACAUUUAAAGGUUUCACUUUUUCAUGUUACAUUCAGUGUUCUUAAUAAAAAUUGUUCAGGUUUUAAAGGUCUGGCCACUUUUUAAACUGUCUGAACCUGACUAUUCCUGUCAGUCAGACCUUUGAGAAGCAACAACUUUCAUUUUCAUUCUUACAGAAGAAUAUAGGGAACUUUUCUCCUUUGUGCAUAUGCCUGAACUUUGAAAAGCGUGCAUAUUCUGCCUACACUAACAGAAGAGAGUCCUGGUAGAAGUAUGAAGAUACUGCAUAAUAAGGACCCUUGGAUAAGAAGGGUGGUCUAGCACCAAAGAAAGCUGUUAAGUUACAUCAGCACAACACUACAGCAGGGUGUCUGGUCAUUUUAUUUUUGAAAGUUGUUUUGUACAAAAAACAAGUUACCUUAAAUACCACCAUGAAAAACAGUACCAGCUGGCUUAAUGACUUCAUUUUUUCCCAUGUUAUGAGAAAGACUGAGACCAUAAUUUCUGCUCUGACUUUUGGUGUUUGCCCACUCAUCCCCCAGCAAGAAAACAGGGUCAUCUCUUUGCCCCUACUGUCACUGCUUUGUCAGUAUAAAAACCCACAAACCUUAUCUGUACCAUGCCAUUAGCAGUAUAUUCAGCAGUCUGUGCCCUCAAGAUCAAAGACUGUUUUCUUCCCAUUCUGCCAUACUGUAGAUGGGAGUGAGGAGCUAGACUAAGCAAAAAACAAUUAAGAAUCAAAGUACUAUGCUCCUAAAGGUUCAAAUUAAGUCUUGUAACUCAGCUGUACCUGCUUUUCCCAAGUGGAAGGCUCUCUUGCUCCAAGCAGUAUUCAAGUACCAUCUGCACAGGGCAAGUGUCUUAAGACUGGUGUACAUCAUGUUGAAGGGGACAGCAACUGGGGUCACUCUCAACACAUUUCUGAGUGUGUUAGCAUUCUUACUCUUUUUAAUAAGAAUUGUAGUAGCUUCCCAGGAAAACAUUCUGCCAGACAAGGAAGCUUCAGGAAGCAUGAGAUCACAAUUCUGACCAUGACUGAGCUGUGUAGGCAUAAAGCUUCAAGUAAGGCUUCUUAAAGAACUCAAGUGAUAGCUGUCUUCAAUUUUCUGAUUUUGCCUUGAUGUCACUUACACAUUCAGAAAGCAUUCCCUUCAUUUAGGAGACCAUAAUUUUUUUUUUUCUUUUUUUGCUCUUCUGUGAUGGAGAAGACAGUAUUUUGACUGAAUUCAAAAGUAGUGAAACAGCAUUUAACUCUGUUCUUUUUAGCAUUGCCCCUCUCUUGUCUGAGAGGAUGGCAUGCAUCCUUUUACACCUCUUGAAGGAAACAGGUGUCUACUUUUCAACACAUUGGCAUUAGAAAAAAGACUAGAGGGGUGCUAAUGUCUCUUCCAACUCCAGUGAGUCCAGCAUAGAGCUUUUCAUGCAGGUUAUGCUGACAAAGACUGUGUGCAACAGCGCAGGUGCUAGAAAAGCCAAAAAUGCAUUUAAAGGAAAAAAAAAAAAAGCGUCUAACAGAUUCUGUAAAUCCUAGGAAAAAAAAAUACAUUAAAAGACCCCUCUGCUACAGUCUCAGUUUUUUAAAUGGAGACUUCCCUUUCUGCAUGCAUUCACAGCCCUUUCUUCCUCUCAAUGAAGAAACUCCCUUUCCUUCUCAGUGCUGAUCAUUCACAUUGUUUUCUUGCUAUCUUAUCAACUCUCAGCACUUGCUCCCCAUAGCUUUGCUGCUUUACUGCAUUUUUUUGGAGAAAAAAAAAAAAAACAAAAAAACAGAA